AUGGUCCCCGCCAUGGGCUUGAAAGAACCAGCGACGCCCCCUCCACAGCGGGGCGUCACAUAUCAUAAUGUCUAUGUGAUACACUACAACUUUGCUGAUGUUGACCAUUCUACUGCUGUCGAGGAGCUGUGCACCCUGCUUGCCGAUUUGGAGGGGGUCGGACUGCACACUGAAGUCCGAGCUGGCUAUGAUCGGUCUCUGCUGAUCUUCGUAAAGGCUCCGCGAGAGCUACUUGGUAGAGAGGUGUACAAGUCCAGGAUUAAGGACUGGCUCUACGGAAUCACGCGCGACCACCCUGGCGGCGGCAAAGACACAAUCGUUGAUGGCGAAUUCGAAGCGGAAGACAUUCUCUCAAUGUACCACUUGGUCACAUGGAAGAAAGAGCUUGGCGGCGCGGGCAUCACCCCCCAGUCGGGAAAAUGGGAAAACGUGGAAUCCGUCUUCCCUCUGCAUAAUGUACGGGCAAACCAAGCUUUGCUGCUCCAUUUGAGCAAGAAGAUCUUCCUGCGAGUUGAAGACCUUGACAAGAUCAGAGACCUCUUUGGAUCGAAGGUUGCCUUUUAUUUCGCCUUUUUGCAGAACUACCUGGUGUUUCUGUUCUUCCCUGCCAUUACUGGAUUUCUCGCGUGGAUGUUUCUGCCGCAGUACUCUCUUUUCUACGCCCUGACUACGAGUCUGUGGUGCACGGUCUUUCUGGAGUACUGGAAGCUACAACAGAUCGAUCUGAGCCUUCGCUGGGAUGUGAGAGGCGUCGGAACCUUGAAGGUCAAUCGUCCAACCUUCCGACCCGAAAAGACCAUCACAGAUCCUGUUACGGGCGAAGUGAAACAAUACUUCCCCAAGUGGAAGCAAAUUACGCGGCAGACAUUGCAGAUACCAUUUAUACUGGUCUCUUUCCUUAUACUCGGAGCUUUCGUUGUCAUGGUUUUUGCAGUGGAGGUUCUCAUCUCGGAGGCGUACGAAGGGCCGUUCAAGGACUUGCUGGAAUACCUACCCACUAUCCUUCUUGCUGCCCUCCUGCCAUUCAUCAACACUUUCCUCGAAGGAAUCGCAACCACUCUUACGGAAUACGAAAACCAUCGUACGCAGGAUCGGCACGAAAUGUCACUCACUCAAAAGAUUUUCGUUCUCAACUUCAUUACUGAAUACCUCCCGAUUUUCCUCACCGCCUUCGUCUACGUUCCGUUCGGCGACGCGGUCAUCCCCCAGCUCGAGGUCCUCCUCCGGCGGUUUUUGGGCGACGCAGCCCCUUUCUCCCUUGGCAGCAAUUUCCACAGUGACCCCAACCGGUUGAGAAACGAGGUCAUUGCGUUGUCCGUCACGGGUCAGAUUUCCAAUUUCGGCGAGGAGCUUGUGCUGCCGUACCUCAGGCACAAAGCGACGCGAUGGUGGAAGGAGUACCGAGCAGAACACUCGAACACGACUACGAUCAACACGGUGGUUCAGGACGAGCCGGACGAGGCCGACUUUCUCAAGCGGGCGCGCAACGAGGCGUCGCUGGAGCCGUACAACGUGCAGGACGACCUGACGGAGAUGGUGAUCCAGUUCGGGUACCUGGCGCUCUUCUCGCCCGUGUGGCCGCUCGUCAGCAUCGGCUUCCUCGUCAACAACUGGGUCGAGCUGCGGUCGGACUUCCUCAAGAUCUGCAUCGAGCACCAGCGGCCCGCCCCCGUGCGCACCGACGGCAUCGGCCCCUGGAUCGACUCGCUCGGCUUCCUCACGUGGCUGGGCUCCAUCUCGACGGCCGCCGUCGUGCACCUCUUCGGCAGCAACACCUCGGCCUUCAGCGGGCUGCCCGGGCGCGGCACGUGGUACGCGCUGCCCAUCACCAUCUUCAUCACCGAGCACAUCUACCUCAUCCUCCGCUACGUCGUGGCGUACACGCUGCAGCGCUUCGGCAGCGACCAGAUCCGCAAGGAGCGGGCGCAGCGGUACGCGCGGCGCAAGCGCAUCCUCGCCGAGCUGGAGUCCAAGUCUGACGCCGGCCUGGCCGUCGAGGAGAAGGAGCGCAGGAAGUCGGUUCUCCUGAUGGGCUACGACCGGUUCUGGACCCGGCAGAUCGAGGAUGGCGUCAGUGCCGAGGUGGGCGUGGGGUUGAUCAAAGCGCUGAGGAAGACUGAGGAGGCGACGAAGGAGGAUUAA